AUGGGAAGGAAAAAUGCAAACAUAUCUGCCUCCCCCACACAAACCACCACCGCUGUAACUACCACGACGACUGCUACGAUUCUGCACUCUGCGACGAACAACGCGACAGGCGGAGCGACGAAACGUGCAGUAGAAGUGCAAGAAGAUGGAUCUGAUGCCGAAUGUCGACCCUCAAAAAAGCGGAAAGUGGGACUGCUCGGUCCUGGAUUGGAGAAAUACGACGCAACAGGAUUGGUGCCAUUCUACACCGAACCUUCACAAGUACCUGUCCACCUGAAAAAGUAUUUUUCUCAGCGCGAACGCUACUUCUCCCGGUACUCCUCGGGCUGUCUCUUGGACGAAGAAGGCUGGUAUAGCAUCACUCCCGAACGCAUCGCCGAUCAGAUUGCUGAACGAUGUCGCUGUGACAUCGUACUCGAUGCUUUUUGCGGCGUCGGUGGGAAUGCUAUUGCUUUUGCACGGACAUGCGAGCGAGUGAUCGCACUCGACAUCUCGCCGGUACGUCUGGCGCUUGCACGGCACAACGCUGCCCUUUACGGCGUAGCAGACCGCAUCGAGUUUAUUCUUGCAGACUUCCUAUCCUUCGCUCGCACGUUGCCCCAACAACAAUCGUCGCGACACCGACUAGAGAAAACCAGAGCAGUAGAUGCAGCUGCACACUAUGAAUCGCUGUUGCAUCGCAAGAUCGACGUCAUCUUCCUCAGCCCACCCUGGGGCGGCCCUUCAUACCUGUCGGACUCGGCUUCUACACUGCAGGGUGCCGCCACGGAGAACGGAGACAUAAAUGCCCUUGAACCACCAGAAUACUCUCUUGCAAGCAUACGCCCUGUGCACGGUGCGCAGCUGUUCAAGCUUGCGCGGCGCAUUACGAAGAAUGUGGCGUACUUCUUGCCGCGUAACGUACGUUUGGAUGAAGUAGCGGCUUUGCUGAAGCAAAGAGCCCAAGAUGAUGGCACAGAGCUUAGAAAUGAUGGACAUACCAGCGGCGGGGGUGCGGAAAAAAUACACCAGGGCGGCGAGAAUACAAGUGAAAUUGAGAUGGUUGAAGUAGAAGAGGAAUGGAUGGGCUCGAAGCUGAAAGCUCUGACAUGCUACUUCGGUGGGCUCGCAGCGGGACAGGAGCAUUUGUUUUAG